CCUUGGUGACAGUGAGCUGACAUCUUUUUAAAAGGAAAUGGGAAAUUCAGGGCGCCAGGUUUAGACGAGGGAAAUUGUCAAGUUACCGGGACAUGGUUGCAUUUCGGACAUUCAGGGGGGGCUACUGGGGGCUAAGCCUGAACCUGAACCCGAACUGCCAAUCAUGUAGACGGUGUCCCAAACCGAGAGCUCGUGCAGACAGCUUCGAUAACAAGAUGUCCGCCGGCAAAAACACAAGGACCUCCACCGCCCAGGAGGAGCAGCAACAGCAGCAGCAUCAACAGCCAGAAUCCGGAGUUCAAACCAGGAAUAGAGUGACAAACACAAACUCAGCAGCAGCAGCAAUUCGAGUUUUGGCAUUGGGAUUGAACCUGAUGCCCUACCAUUUCCACUGCCACUCCUGCUUAGAGCCGAGGUCCUUUUGGGGCUGAGAGUCCUGCAACUCCUGGCGCCGCAUUUCGUCUGUCGCACGUGUCAAUGCGUCUUUGAAUGCUCAAUUAAAUUUUCGACUGAUUCGCUUUUGAGCCCAGCCCAGGACCGGGGCCAGGAUCCCACGAAAUCGGAUUGUAAUUGGGAUUUUUGCAUUUGCCUUUUGCCACUUGACAGACGCUUUUUGACCCACCACCAACAGCACCAGCAAUCCGCUGUUCGGGGUAAGUUUAUUGCUGGCACCUCAUGAAUUAUUCA